AGUGAAUAUGUAUGCUCAAUUCUAAAAUUUAGAUUUUACAACUAUUAAUAUCUACUUGUGAAGGUAACUUUUUUUAGUCAUUAUUUUUAAAAAUUCAUGAACCGCUGGAAAAGCCUUAGAAAUUUAUAAAUCAAAAUGUUUUAGAAUUACAGGAGAUUUAACUAGAUUUAUCUUUUUAAAUGUACUUCUUAGGGUGCAACAGAAGGUUUGAGCUUUGAUUGUUUAAAAGUAUGUUACAAAAAAAGUAUUUUGUUUUUUCACUAAUUAUAAGACUCCAGAAUUAUGUGGCUUUUUUAUCUAUUGACCUUUGACCUACAGUUGAGAGUGAGCGUAUGCACAUGCAUCUGUUAGCUUUAUAGUCUGUACACAGAAGCGGGUGUAAAGAAUGCAUGUGAAUGCAGAUGAAAGAGUUCUAUUCAAACGUGACACUGUAUUGACAAACAUGGCGGCGACUUACAUUUCCCGCUACACGUUACUGAUGCGACGCCGCUUAUUUAGAGGAGGUUACGCUGGUCUGCAACUGAAUAAAUCAUUCAGUGUGUGAAGCUGAAUUGAUUGGCGUUAAAAAAACAUUUUCAAAAUUACCAGUCUGGAUGUAGAUUGGGGACUGCGGUGACAGUGGCCAUUAAUUUAUCUCCCACACCAUACGCAUUUCCAGCCCCUCGCUAUUUUCUGAAAUGAGCGUGAUAGAAUGAUAGUCAUUCAAUUACAGGACGAUCUUCUUAUCGCUGACAGUCAGAGCAGAGGGAAAGCGCUGCACAGACAGAGGAGGAGGAAGAGAGGGAGAGCGAUGGGGGUCGGAGGGCUUAUCUCAGCACACCAGCAGUCUGACGGCAGCCCCUCGCAGGAAUGAGCUCCAGAACAGACACUCCCACAGGGCAUUUUCCUCUCUCCAUCACUCUCCCUUUCACUCUCUCUGCACCUCGUGAGCCUCAGCCUCUGUAAAACACUAAACAGCCUCCAUAAAUAACUCCAACAGCAUCUGAACUGCCCCUACUCAAACAAAAGCAAAUAAAACCGCAGUGUUUGGACACAGGGCUGUGAGGGAGGAAGACGUGUGUCCAGUCCGAGGCAGUAAAACACAGUGGUGUGAAUAAAUACGUCAGUAAUGUGACCGUAAUCACAGCGCUCUUUCAGAUGGAAAAAAGCUGUGAGAACAGAGCAUGCUGUUCAAAUCUGAACCUGUUUAACUGCUCUCUUCAUUGCCAACUUUGGGUCAAAUCUCUUGUCGCCCUUAUUGCGGUGUCAACACUGUUUAACAAUGUCAACUAAAUGCUCAAAUAGGAACAGUUGGGAAAGGUUUCUGCAUUUAAUUGUUCCUUGCUAAGGCAAUCUGAACAAACCGCUGACCCCUACAGCUUUGGACCAAAUCUGAGUGUGUUUCACAGGAGAAACAUCUGAGCAGCAGAAGUCUCCAUUUAAUUGCAUCACUGUCUGUGAGAAACAACAGCGCUGUUUCUUUCCAGUGGGAAACUGCAGUUUAGGUAGGUCAAAAGUUUGGGUGUGGAUUGGGAGAGAGUUUCGUUUUGGGCAGGUUUGCAUGUCGCUGAAGUUUUUGGCAGAUCUGAAAGGCAGCUCUGCAGGUGCAGAGUGUGUUGAGCGGUCGAGUCCGUAUGAAUGGAGUCGUGAAUUCAGCUCCAUCCUAACUGUGUCUGUCCUCUGCCUGACUCCUAAUCCCUCCAUAAUCCCAUUAUGCAAAUCCCCCACAAUUCUCAGAGAGACUUUUAACGCAACAAUUGCUGCAGCGAGACACCAGCUUUUGAUCUGAAGGGAGGUUGAGAGUUCGGGAGAGAGCGAGAGGGGGCUCCGGAGACCUUGGCCCCGAAGAAUGUGCUGAUCCACAAGCUUGCCUCUGUCAUAACCUAGUGUAAUUUAUGUGAAGCCCCAGGACAUGCUAAACAAGAUUACCAUCAUUCAGACAAAACCCAUAUUAUUACUCUGUCAGGGUGAAUAUGCUGUGGGUUUUUUUGGCACCGUGUCGUCCAAUCAGAGGAAGGUUUUCAUUAUGAUGUCCCUUCACUAUUGGACAGAGUCGCUGUAAUAGAUCUGUUAGCAGGUGGACAUCCAGCAUCCCAACAAAAGAGGGAAACACAUUUUGUACAACAGCCACGUAUUUGUUAGAGCUCAUAGGCAAUAAGUCUGCUUUGAAUAGUUCGUCCUUUCUGUUGUUUCCUGAUGGGCUGAGUGUGGAAGUGUUUAAGAUUAUGAAUAAACAGUAAAAAUGGUAUAUGCAGGUUCAUUCGCUUCAUUAAGUGCGAUUAGGUAUAUUUGAAAAGAUGUGCGUUUUAGUUAGAACUGUAUAUUGAUGUAUGUAUAUAAUUUAUAGAUGUAAGUAAUUAAAUUUACAUAUAUAAUCUAAUUAAAUUUUUUAAUUUAUAAAAUUUACAUAAAAUAAUCUAUAUAAAGCAUUAAGUAUGCAUUUAUAUUUACAUUUAUAUUUAUAGUAUUUUUUAUUUAUUUUAGUUUUUGACACUGCUGUGAAUUGAAGAUUAAGCUCAGGACAUGAUGCAUGAAACAAAAGCUUUUUAUUUGAAAUUAAUGUACCCUGUUUGGUUUAAACACUAGACUGCAGUUUGUUUCUCAUGUUCAGCUGGUAAAAAGUUGGAUUUCUUUGUAUUUAGCCCCCCAGAUGCUAUAACUGUGAAUGGAAACACGACGCAUUAUGUUAAUCAAUUUGAACGCAUUAAUGGCAGAUGUAAAAAUCAUUCCCCCCCCACUCACACCCUGCAACGUCACACAGCGGCAUGACUAUAAAAAUGAAGGAGCACAAGCCAAACCCCACCCCUCCCUCACAACCUCGCUCUCUUUCACCCUGUUUUCCAUCGGAGGAGUUUGUUCAAGGGUUCAGAGAUUGUCGGACAGCUGAGAGUGAGAGGACGGAUGCUGGUUUAUUACUGCUGCAAUUACCUGACAGCUCUUUAUCUUUCCUUUAUCAACACACACAUUACUGCUUUUACCUGCCAUCUGGACUAUUUGUCGAUUUUUCAUGCCUGAAAAUUUGUGCCUGAUGCUCCAACGUUCAUAGAACUUCAAAACAACGGAAAGCGAAGCACCGCAGUAUCAUGACCAGGAAGGUGUUCACCAACACACGUGAGCGCUGGCGCCAACAUAAUGUCAACACAGCCUUCGCAGAGCUGCGGAAACUCAUCCCCACGCACCCGCCCGAGAAAAAGCUCAGCAAGAACGAGAUCCUGCGGCUGGCCAUGCGCUACAUCAACUUCUUGGUGACUCUGCUGGAGAGCCAGGGAGGAGAGCCGUCGGCUCACUCGCAAGCUGCGCUCCUCACACUGAUCACGGGGAACAUGCAGAACCUGCGCACCGACCGCACCUGGACCAGCGACACCGACCCGCCCUCACCCGGGUCCAGCUGCGACAGUUCAGAAGCCUGGUAGAACGAAACUGAUGUGUGAGCAUUCUUUGAAAGGAUUCUGUGAUUGUGAUGUUUUUGAAAGCUCCGUUGCCAUGGAGAGACAAAGCUGGAUUUUUGGGAGUCGGAAUGUUCGCGAUGACAUCACAAUCACUCAUUUCUUCCAAGCUGUUUGGAAACGAAUGAUCUGUGGAAAGCCAGAAACACUUUAUUCACCGGUCCUGCUGUAAUUGAGCAGGAACCCUAAACAACAUAUGCAUGGUCAAGGAUGCACUUUGGAAGCAUCUCCCUGAUACUUUUUAGUAUUAAUGUAAUUUAAUUUCCUUGACUGAAUUAACACUGAAGAAUGUUUUGUUUGAGAUUGAAGGGAACCUCAGAAUUGAAACUGUAAUUUAUUUGAUAGUAUUUAAUUUUUGUAUUUAUUAUUUAUGCUUUCAAUGUAUUCAGCACAUGUGACUUGUUGUACAUUAAAUUGUAAUUUAUUAAAUGGAAAAUGUUAUUGUUUAAACUACUCUGCAUUCGCAAAUACAAAAUAUGUUUUGCCAAAGAUUAUUUUUGCGUAUUCAUUAUUCAAAAGUGUAAGUUUAUUAUUUUUUGGAUUAAUUUAUUAGUCUGUUUGAUAUUAAAAUGGCUAAAAAACACAAUCUGCAUAUUCACUAAACUCUUUGUUUGGUUGUUAAAGUGGCUGUAUGUAUGAACCAGUGUGCAUGUAGUGGACUCUGAUUGGCUUUUAUGUUGUGGUCAGAUAAUUGCUCACUGCAGAGGCUUUUUAAGAGCCGUGUGACCAUAGUGAUGACCUCUGGAAGUGUUCAAGCCACAUGAGAGAAGGGAUUGUAGACACAGCUUA